CGCGACGGCUGGGGCCUCCGGCGGGGGACGCUAGUGGCCAAGAUGGCGGCAGAGCUGGUGGAGGCCAAACCGCUCAGGCCAUGGCAGCUGCUCAGAAGCCCGACCCACACCAUAUGGCAGCGACCUGGCUGCUAGGAUGCUUGCCGUCAGUCCUGGGUGACGGAACUCCUUGAUAUCCUUUGGGACCACAGAGUCCUCUGGCUCUAGCUGGACCAUCGAGGGCUCCUACCUGAGUUAAUAUGGUGAUGAGCUUCCGAGUGUCAGACCUGCAGAUGCUGCUGGGCUUUGUAGGCCGCAGCAAGAGCGGGCUGAAGCACGAACUGGUGACCAGGGCCUUGCAGCUGGUGCAGUUCGACUGUAGCCCAGAGCUUUUCAAGAAGAUCAAAGAGCUAUAUGAGACUCGCUAUGCCAAGAAGAGCGCAGAGCCCAGCCCACAGGCCCCUCGGCCCCUGGAUCCCCUGGCUCUACACUCCAUGCCCAGGACUCCCCUGUCGGGGCCCACCGUGGACUACCCUGUACUGUACGGGAAGUACUUGAAUGGACUGGGGCGCCUGCCCACCAAGACCCUUAAGCCGGAGGUGCGCCUGGUUAAGCUGCCCUUCUUCAACAUGCUGGACGAAUUGCUGAAGCCCACUGAACUGGUCCCACAGAGCGCAGAGAAGCUGCAAGAGAGCCCAUGCAUCUUUGCGCUGACACCUCGACAAGUGGAGAUGAUUCGCAACUCCAGGGAGCUGCAGCCUGGAGUGAAAGCUGUGCAGGUGGUGCUGAGGAUCUGUUACUCUGAUACCAGCUGUCCCCAGGAGGACCAGUACCCGCCCAACAUUGCCGUGAAGGUCAACCAUAGCUACUGCUCAGUGCCGGGCUACUACCCCUCCAACAAGCCUGGUGUGGAACCUAAGAGGCCCUGCCGUCCCAUCAACCUUACCCACCUCAUGUAUCUGUCCUCGGCCACCAACCGCAUUACUGUCACCUGGGGCAACUACGGCAAGAGCUACUCCGUGGCAUUGUACCUAGUGCGACAGCUGACUUCCUCAGACCUGCUACAGAGGUUGAAGACCAUUGGAGUGAAGCACCCCGAGCUCUGCAAGGCUCUGGUUAAGGAGAAGCUUCGCCUAGACCCCGACAGCGAGAUCGCCACUACCGGAGUGCGAGUGUCCCUCAUCUGCCCACUGGUGAAGAUGCGGCUCUCGGUGCCCUGCCGUGCAGAGACCUGCGCACACCUGCAGUGCUUUGACGCUGUGUUCUACCUGCAAAUGAAUGAGAAGAAGCCCACAUGGAUGUGCCCUGUGUGUGACAAGCCUGCAGCCUAUGACCAGCUCAUCAUAGAUGGGCUGCUGUCGAAGAUCCUGAGUGAAUGUGAGGACGCGGAUGAGAUUGAGUUCCUGGCAGAAGGUUCAUGGCGCCCAAUCCGUGCAGAGAAGGAGCAGAGCUGCAGCCCACAGGGCCCCAUCCUGGUGCUAGGCACCUCAGACGCCAACGGACUGGCGCCAGCCUCCAGCACCCCCGGCAUGGGCAGUGGCCUGGGCGGCCCCGGCGGUGCAGGCAGCGGGGCAGGGGCGGCAGGUGGCCUGGAGAACGGCAAGACGGGAGCCGACGUGGUGGACCUGACACUGGACAGCUCGUCAUCCUCGGAAGAUGAGGAUGAGGACGAGGACGACGAUGAGGACGAGGACGAGGGCCCCCGGCCAAAGCGCCGCUGCCCGUUCCAGAAGGGCCUGGUGCCUGCGUGCUGACGCCGCUGCGGGGCGCUGGAGGGCGGGAGCCGCUCCCGUCCAUCACUCCCUCGCCCACCCCUCCCCGGCUCCCGGCUCCUGUACCUCUGGACUCUCCUCUUGGGGGGAUUAAAAAAGUAAAAUGACAAAAAAAAAAAAA